GGAGGCUCUGGGUUCUUGCCUUCUCUCAAGGGCUCCAGCCCGAACGGGGAUGGGCGGAGCCAGUCUAGCUGCUGCACAGGCUGGCUGGCUGCUAAGGGCUGCUCUGUGCUUUUGCCAGAGGACAGAGACUGACAUGGAACAGGGGAAGGGCCUGACUGGCUUCAUCCUGGCUAUCAUUCUUCUUCAAGGUAGUUUGGCCCAAUCAUUUGAAGAAAACCGCAAGCUUAACGUGUAUAACCAAGAAGAUGGUUCAGUACUUCUGACUUGUCAUGUGAAAAACACAAAUAUCACAUGGUUUAAAGAAGGGAAGAUGAUAGACAUCCUAACUGCACAUAAAAAUAAAUGGAAUCUGGGAAGUAAUACCAAGGACCCUCGAGGGGUGUAUCAGUGUAAAGGAUCAAAGGACAAGUCAAAAACACUCCAAGUGUAUUACAGAAUGUGUCAGAACUGCAUUGAACUAAAUGCAGCCACCAUAUUGGGCUUUGUCUUAGCUGAAAUCAUCAGCGUUUUCUUCCUUGCUGUUGGGGUCUACUUCAUUGCUGGACAGGAUGGAGUUCGCCAGUCAAGAGCUUCAGACAAGCAGACUCUGUUGCCCAAUGACCAGCUCUACCAGCCCCUCAAGGAUCGAGAAGAUGACCAGUACAGUCACCUUCAAGGAAACCAGUUGAGGAGGAAUUGAACUCAGGACUCAGAGUAGGUGUUCUCCUUCUAUUCAGUUCCCAGAAUCAAAGCAAUGCAUUUUGGAAAGCUCCUAGCAGAGAGACUUUCAGCCCUAAAUCUAGACUCAAGGUUCCCAGAGGUGACAAAUGGAGAAGAAAGGCCAUCAGAGCACAUUUGGGGUUUUCUCAAAUAAAAUAAAAAUAAAAACAAGUAUGGUGUUUCAGAAGCGCCACCUAUUGGAGAAAAUUGUAAAAGAAAAAUGAAAAGAUCAAAUAACCCCCAAGAUUUGAUAUAAUUUUUUGUGUUGUGAUUUUUAUUUCAUUUUUGUAUAGACCAUAAUUCACAUGGCUCAAAUAUUCAGUGAAAGAUCUCCCUCCACCACCAUCCCCUGCGACCUAGUUGCCCUCUUCAGAGACAUACUGUUUCUCUUUUUUUUUUUUUUUUUUUUGAGAC